AUCGUUUUCAGAUGACGUCACCUAUAUUGACCUAGAACGCACCAUCUACCAGUCCACACCUGGCACGUACCGGUACUACGACGGGCAACACCUGCGAACAUGUGAACUGUGUGAACCAGGCCAUUAUCUUAUCAGGCACUGUGAUGGUGAACACUGGAGGACAUGUGGACUGUGUCCCUACAAUUUCUACAUGCCGUUCUACAACAAUGGCGACAAGUGUCGUAGCUGUGGGGACAUCUGUGACGGUGACCUUAACUUGGUUACCCUGCAGGAAUGUUCCCCGACCGCACCGCGGCGCUGCGCCUGCAGACCCGGGACAGCGCAGGUGCACCUGGGGGCGAACGGACCUGGGAUGUGCAAACCUUACGAAACGGCUGGCGCAACAGACUUCAAACACGACAACGUUACAUCACUGCGAGGUCCUAACCACAACGGAACAACUCAGGAAGCCACGACCAGUACUAGUGCUACAGGCAACACGACGGCAUGGGACCAGGACUCGUCAUUCGCCAACGACACCCUCUCUUACGACCUAGCGGAAAGCGAAUCAAUCAUUAGACCACUUGCAUGCGGUCUUGGUGGUCUAGCAGGCAUUAUUGUCAUCGCUGUGGCCACCGGAGCGUGUUGCAAAGGCCGAUACACUUCAAAAGAGACGGAAAACACCAGUAACAAAAACGUUGACUGGAAACAUGUGUUUAACUACGUCGCUGACCAUAUCGGCAAGGGGUGGAGGCAUCUGGCACGAAAGCUGCCCGGUGACACUCCGACACAGGCUACCCUGGACAGCAUCCGAGACGAACAUCGUCCCGACUUCAAAGAAAUGACUUUCCAGAUGCUGUGGAAAUGGAAACAGAUGAACGGAGACAAAAUAUCGCUGCAGGGUCUCCAGUGGGCGCUCCUCAAAUCGGGCUACCCACUCAUCGCUCGUCAGCUUGGGAAAAGGGACUGGCAUUUCGCAGAGAUGUUAGACAUAUAACGACGCCAUGUGGUCACAUUUGCCAAAUCCUAACAUUUUGCUGUAAUGUGACUAAAACUGGGCUAGAAACGUUGAUGGUGUAGUAAGACUCUUGUAAGGCAUGUCUACUACUCGUACUAGCAGCAUACAAUGUACAUGUGAAAAAAAGAAGACGUAUACGUAGGCACACUGAUCACCUGUAACCGUCUGUUUAUCCUGCAUCAAAGAUGUAUUUCUUAAAUUACUUCAAACGGUAGUAUUGUAAACGCUCAUGUAUAAUAUAGUUGUAAGAAACACGGUAUAUAUUUUACUAUUUAUGACGUACUUAUGUUUGGAUAAAAACAAAAACAUUGGAAAAUUCACAAGUGGAACAUAAGUAGUUGUUUAUUUAGCAGCGCAUCCUUCUUUAUC